ACUCAGGUCAAAGGUUACCAAACAAGAUGGCGAACUUUGCAGAGGUUGUGCGGGCAGUGCGCCAAGUGUUCAGGACAGGGCGCACCAAAACCUAUGAAUGGCGUUACGCACAGCUGUCGGCCAUGUUGAAGAUGAUGGAUGAAAACAAAGACAGGAUGACAGCAGCGCUGAAGAAGGACCUGAACAAGAACAAGAUAGAAUCUAUGAUCAUGGAGUUCAACCUGUGCCGUAAUGAGCUGAUCCUGUCCAUGAACAAUCUCAAAGACUGGAUGAAACCAGAGAAGGUGAAGAAGGAGCUAAUGAACAUCAUGGACAAGUGUUACAUCAAGCGAGAACCCUACGGCCUGGUGCUGGUUCUCGGAGCGUGGAACUACCCCGUCCAACUGACCCUCCUGCCCAUGAUAGCCGCCAUAGCUGCAGGAAAUUGUGUGAUUGUCAAACCUUCAGAAAUGUCCGAGCAGACGGCCAUCUUGCUGGAAGAGAUUGUGCCAAAGUACUUUGAUAAUGAGUGUGUGAAAGUCAUCAACGGUGGCAUCCCCGAGACAACAGGCCUGCUGCAGGAGAGGUUUGACUACAUCUUCUACACCGGCAACAACGUCGUUGCUAAGAUAGUGAUGGCUGCCGCUGCUAAGAACCUAACGCCCGUCACGCUGGAACUGGGAGGUAAAAGCCCUGUGUAUGUUGACCGGAACUGUGACCUGACAACAGUUGCUAGGAGACUUGUCUGGGGGAAGUUUCUCAACGCGGGACAGACAUGUAUAGCUCCUGACUACGUCAUGUGCCAAUCAGAUGUCCAGGACCCGCUUAUUGAGGAAAUAAGGAAAGUGUUGAUCGACUUCUUCACUGAUAAACCAGAGCAGUCCGAGAGCUUUGGUCGCAUUGUGAAUGGCCGACACUUCAAACGUGUGGAGAAGCUGUUGACGGGGGUGAAGGUAGCUGUGGGGGGUGUCACCAGGGAAGAGGAGAGAUAUAUCUCCCCUACUAUCGUCCGGGACUGUAAGCUAAGCGAUGCCGUCAUGCAGGAUGAGAUAUUUGGACCUAUCCUGCCGUUUUAUGUUGUGAGAGAUGACAAAGAAGCUGUCGACUUCAUCAACGACCGAGAGAAGCCACUUGCCAUGUACGUCUUCUCCAGAAACCAGCGCAUCAUUGACAACUUCGUCAACAACACCAGUAGUGGCGGCAUGUGCAUCAACGACUGCAUCAUGCAUGCAUCCAUGCCCUCGAUGCCGUUCGGAGGUGUAGGCCACAGUGGGAUGGGGGCAUACCACGGCAAGUUCUCCUACGAUACCUUCAGCCACAGGAGAUCCGUGAUGCAGAGAGAUCUUAAAAUGGAGUCUGUCAAUGCACUUCGGUAUCCCCCAUACACAGAGAAGAAGUUUGGCAUCAUCAAGUGGUUGACUAAGAAGUCUGUCAAGAGAACCGGAAUCAUGUCCUUCUUCCCCCUAGUCCUCUGUGGGGCUGUUCUGGCCUUCUUCCUCAAGGCGGUGGGAGUGCAAGCAAGAUGGCCCUCCCUGGGGGAACGAUAGAUACAACUCUCUGAAGAACAAGAGAUGGUCCCAACAACAGCUUUACAGAGGACCACUCCCCAUUCCGAUCAGUCACAAUUAUAGACAAAGAUAUUUGUAAAUAAAUGAGUCUGGACCAUACAAUCAAGUGAUUGACCCUCCCUGGGGGAACGAUAGAUGCAACUCCCUGAAGAACAAGAGAUGGUCCCAACAACAGCUUAGCAGAGGACCACUCCCCAUUCCAAUCAGUCACAAUUAUAGACAAAGAUAUUUGUUUUUGUUGCCAAGUUAUUUAUACCAUUGCAUUCAACACCAACUCAAGGAUUAAAGAACAACUAGGUUCCAGCAUAAUGGCAGCCCCAGCAACUUGAUUACUACGUCAUUACACAGCAUGACAGUUUCACACAAGGCACUGAUUAUAAUGUCGAGUUCUGGACUGAUUGUUUGUUGUUUAACACUGCACUCGGCAAUAUUCCAGUUAUAUCAUCUUGGACCGUAAAUAAUUGAGUCCGGACCAUACAAUCAAGUGAGUGACGUCAUGAGCAUCGAUCUACCGCAUUUUGGACACAAUGACAUUCAUCAACCAAGUCAGCAAACUUGACCAUUAGUCACCUCUUAUGACAAGUAUGGGUUGCUGGAGACCAAUUCUAACCUGGAUCUUCACUGGCUCUACUCCAAGGCUGAAAAAGAAACACCUUGUAUUGUCCCUCUUAACAUGUGAUAAUGUGCAGGUCUAAUAUGAGUAUAUAUAGUCUUCUGAAGACAGUCAUUGGGGAACAUACCAUUAGGACAAUGUUUGUGUGUGUUACACUGUAUUGUGAACUGAACCUUUUUGCAUAUUAGGCCAUGGAAGACGGUCCACCUUAUAUAGGAUAUAAUGACUUUGUUCAAUGGGACACUUAUCAGAGACAGCUUCCACAAGGUAAUGUUGGUGCAUUAUUACUCUCAUAUUUGAACAGGGGACAUAGGUCACCAAGUCGCUCAGAGUUGUGCCCCUUAGGCAUGGCAGAAACCUCUGAUCAUGAGUUUGAAUCCCAUUCACCCUGAUUAUGUUUCUAGGUUUGUUUGCUCGAGACUUUCAUGAAAGUGGUAACCCUCUGAGACCUGCAUCACUUUGGGCUUUUCUCUCACAUCAAACGGACAUACCAUGAUAUAAUGUAAAUACUGUGCAAAGUGGUGUUAAACCCAACUCCCUCACUCAUACAUGAA